UUAUGUGUGCGCCUGGCACGAAGUCCAUCGACGAUGAGCCUGUUUCGCCAUAUCUACCAAGCAGGUCCGUUUUGUUUACGUGUUCUACAGAUCUGUCUACUAUCUAGAGAUUGCCUUCGCUACCACUACAACCGUUCUGCUGUUAAUUGGUCUAUCACAUCUGAUCAGUACCGCCGUCAGCACUAAGUAAAAAGCUUCGGCUGCACCAGUAGUAGUACGAAAUGCAUAGAAUGAAAUAAUAGCAGGCGAUCGCCGUAGAGGAGUGAUACCAGUAAAGUGCGUGUGAAUCUAUGCGGUGACUGCCUGCUGGUUCGCGGCUGCCUAGUGUCAAGAAGCGAAAACUCGAAAGAGCCGUGUCGCUUCUUUUGGUGUCUCUAAUAGAGAAACGAACAGGAUAUAUCGUUUUUUUGUGUCUCUUUUGGCCAUCGUAGUUGUUAUUUCACUCUAGUUAUCAUAUAUAUACUACAAGCGUAUCUUCAGAUCAUUGGGUGGUUCAUUUACAACUCGCGAAAGUUCUUGCGGGUUAGAUUGUACUAAGGUGUCUUACUGCGGUUCGUCCAUAACUGACUGCGUGUCGCCUCUCUAUGACGAUCGAUGUGUGCAUGUGGAUGUUAGUGGGUGAUUUUAUUCCCCCGUGGAUGAAAUUUGUUCGAGGGCAAAGUCGCAGUGAGGUCAGGGCCCGCCGCGGCCGUUGUUUUGGAGACGGACGUCGCACGAACAGCAACUGGGGAGCCGAAAUGGCGACCCCACGGUACUCGUUGCCGCUGCCAAUGGCAUUGUGCUUAACACUGUCGUUGUGCGCUACCCCUACCUGGGGGUUCUAUCUACCAGGGCUUGCACCCGUUAACUACUGUCCCACAGAAGCUGUUACGCCGCAGUGUCAGUCAAAAAUUGCACUAUGGGUCAACCGGCUAGAUUCGGACGAGGCAGUCCUGCCGUACGAAUAUCACCACUUUGACUUCUGUUCUAUUCCUGGCGAUGAUGUCUUUCCGGCUGAAAAUAUCGGACAGGUGGUGUUUGGAGAAAGAAUCCGGCCGUCACCAUAUUCGAUCAACUUCCUCGAGAACCGAACAUGCGUGAAGGUAUGCACGAAAAAGUACGAUAAGUCCGAUGCGUCAUCGAUGCAUCGCCUUGACCUGCUUCGCAAGGGGAUGAUGAAAAUGUACAAACACCAUUGGAUCGUCGACAACAUGCCUGUGACAUGGUGCUAUUUAAUCGAUGCAGUAUCACAAUAUUGUCAAAUGGGCUUCCCGAUGGGAUGCUUUACCUAUCAGGGUCAGAAGCCUCGGGGACUUUGCAAUAUCUACCCUGCGUAUACAAAACCCAAUACGUUCUAUCUCUUCAAUCACGUCCAUCUUACGAUCACGUACCAUCGAUCGGACCCAGACACCUGGGGUUCGUCCUUCAUUGACAAAGGUGGACGUAUCAUCUCUGUGAAGGUAGCACCGGAUUCGAUCAAACAUAAGGCAGAUCCAACGACCGGGAAGCUAUCGUGUGAGUCCAAAGAGCCAAUGACAAUCCCUAUGAACAACAACGACCUUGAGGAUUCUUUCAAGAUUUCGUAUACGUACGACGUUACGUUCCAACACACGGACCAACGUUGGGCAUCGCGAUGGGAUUACAUCUUGGAAUCAAUGCCGCAGACAAAUAUUCAAUGGUUCUCAAUUCUCAACUCAUUAGUCAUCGUCCUUUUUCUAACUGGCAUGGUGGCCAUGAUACUGUUGCGGACCCUUCACAAGGACAUCGCUCGUUAUAAUCAGCUUGAUCCGCUAGGAGAGGACGCACAUGAAGAGUUUGGCUGGAAACUCGUCCAUGGCGAUGUUUUCCGCCCACCGCAAAAAGGCAUGCUGUUGGCCGUGCUCGCUGGGUCGGGUGUACAGAUUUUUAUUAUGACGUUAAUUACUUUGCUGUUCGCCUGCCUGGGUUUUUUGUCGCCCGCUAACCGUGGUGCACUGAUGACAUGUGCGAUGAUUCUCUACGUGUGUCUUGGCACGCCUGCCGGCUACGUGUCAGCGCGCCUUUACAAAUCGUUCGGUGGCAUCAAGUGGAAAUCAAAUGUCUUGCUGACGUCUUUACUUUGUCCAGGCGUAGUCUUCUGCAUCUUCUUUGUGCUCAACCUCGUACUGUGGGCCAAAGAAUCAUCGGCCGCUGUCCCUUUCACGACGUUGAUCGCCCUAUUGUCGCUGUGGUUCGGCAUUUCGCUGCCGCUAACAUUCAUCGGUUCAUACUUCGGCUUCAAGAAGCGAACCCUCGAAAAUCCCGUUCGAACCAACCAGAUCCCGCGACAGAUUCCUACCCAAACGCUGUACACGCAGGCCGUGCCGGGCAUCCUAAUGGGUGGCAUCCUACCCUUCGGCUGUAUCUUCAUUCAGUUGUUCUUUAUCCUAAACUCAAUCUGGUCAUCACAGACAUAUUACAUGUUCGGCUUUUUAUUCCUCGUAUUCGUUAUUCUGGUUAUCACGUGCUCCGAGACGACGAUACUGCUUUGUUACUUUCACCUUUGCGCCGAAGACUAUCACUGGUGGUGGCGAGCCUAUCUGACUUCAGGCUCUACCGCACUCUACCUCUUCGUUUAUUGCAUUCACUACUUUACGCGAAUUUCGAUCUCGGGUGCAGCAUCGACGUUCCUCUAUUUCGGCUACACGUCAAUUAUGGUCCUAUUGUUCUUUUUACUCACCGGAACGGUCGGUUUCUUCGCCUGUUUCUGGUUUGUGCGCAAGAUCUAUUCCGUCGUCAAGGUCGACUAGACAAAUCGAUCGCUAG